AUGGCCACGGGGAAGGGGCUGGCUGGCGUGGUCAACGGGCAGGCUUUCAGCAAGGCCUUCGCACCCCAAACCAAGCCCUGGAUCACCCUGGCCAAGGCCCUGGGCACAGUGCUGCAGACCACAGCCAAGCACGCACACGGCAACGUGCAGGUCUGCACCCUAGGAACACCCCUGCAGGAGGCUGGCAGCUACCUGGCACCUGCAGUGGUCUCGGGCAUGCUGGCCGGAGGGACGCAGAAGGAGGUGAACCUGGUGAACGCCCUGCUGCUUGCUCAAGAGGCUGGGCUGAAGGUCACGGCCACCCACAGCGACGUGGAGCAGGCGAAGGCUGUCAUAGGCACACCUGGCAUUACUGGGGCACAGGAAGAGUAG